CGUAACCACUGCUUCCGGUCCCUGGCGCUUCUCUUUGGCAGGAGCCAGCAUGAUCCGCUGGGCCUCCAGUGCGUCGCCUGGAGGAGCCCACUCAACCUGGACGAACUCUUUGGCAGCCUCAGAACGUCCUUGAGGAGGAUGACUGAGACACUAUGGGCCACGCGCUCUGUGCCUGCUCUCGGGGAACUGUCGUCAUUGACAAUAAGCGCUACCUCUUCAUCCAGAAACUCGGGGAGGGUGGGUUCAGCUAUGUGGACCUAGUGGAGGGGUUACAUGAUGGACACUUCUACGCCCUGAAGCGAAUCCUGUGUCACGAGCAGCAGGACCGGGAAGACGCCCAACGAGAAGCAGACAUGCAUCGCCUCUUCUAUCAGCCCAACAUCCUUCGCCUUGUGGCUUAUUGUCUGAAGGAGCGGGGCAGUAAACAUGAGGCCUGGCUGCUGCUGCCUUUCUUCAAGAGAGGUACGUUGUGGACCGAGAUAGAAAGGCUGAAGGACAAAGGCAACUUCUUGACUGAAGAUCAGAUCCUUCGGCUGCUGCUGGGUAUCUGCAGAGGCCUUGAGGCCAUUCAUGCCAAGGGUUAUGCCCACAGGGACCUGAAGCCCACCAAUAUCUUGCUUGGAGAUGAGGGGCAGCCGGUUUUAAUGGACUUGGGUUCCAUGAAUCAAGCAUGCAUCCACGUGGAGGGCUCCCGCCAGGCUCUGGCCCUGCAGGACUGGGCAGCUCAGCGGUGCACCAUCUCAUACCGGGCCCCGGAGCUCUUCUCUGUGCAGAGCCACUGUGUCAUCGAUGAGCGGACUGAUGUCUGGUCCCUAGGCUGUGUGCUAUAUGCCAUGAUGUUUGGGGAAGGCCCUUAUGACAUGGUGUUCCAGAAGGGUGACAGUGUGGCCCUUGCUGUGCAGAACCAACUCAGCAUCCCGCAGAGCCCCAGGCAUUCUUCAGCACUGCGGCAGCUGCUGGCCUCCAUGAUGACCGUGGACCCGCAGCAGCGCCCUCACAUUCCUCUCCUCCUCAGUCAGUUGGAGGCACUGCAACCCUCAGCUCCGGGCCAGCACACUACCCAAAUCUGAAUAAACGUGGCCACAUUGAGGACGUGGCCCCUGUGCCUUGGAAAGAGUCUCCCAUCCCUCACUGGAAUCUGUCCAUUAUAUCCAGGAUGCUCUCUUGUAUUUGAGGGCAGCUCAGUCUUCUUUCUCUGCUUCUGCUCUCUUCACCCAAGAGCGACAACGGGACAGGGGCCCUGAGUUGGGGUGUGGGGGGGAUGGGGAAGGGGAAACGGAUAGAAUAUGUCAAGGCUCUGAGCAGGACUGCUGAGCUUCCAUCAUGUCUGCUCCAACUCGAGGAGCAGGAGAAUGUAUAAAUAGAAUAAAGUGAAAAUAGCUUGGUGUG